UAGUCACAAGGAGUUGCUGUGUCGCUGCUGUGCAUAACGCUUCGUUGCCCCAAAUUGUCCUCCCCAACAAGCUGCGCCUCGUGGCUGCUAGUGCACAGUGAGUCGGCCGGAUAGCGGAUAGCUGUACACGGAGAGGAGUGUUGUAGCACGCGAGAAGCGAAGCAACUAGACUAGAGGCGCAGUAGUCCGGACGGGAGCAUGUCGGACACGGAGGCGGACGCGAAUGGGAGCACCAACGGGGAACCGGCGGGUGGCACGGCGGUUACCAACGGCUCCCAGCCGCUGCUGCCCUCACAGAAGGUUCUCGAGGAAGAGGAAGCGGAGCGGAUGGCCGAGGAAGAACGAAAGCGCAACCGUGAGCCGCCCAUCAUCUUCACCGAGGUCGAUUCGAAGCUGGAGCUGGAACGGCUGGUGGACUUCGUGGACGGUAAGCUGUCGGAGGAGGAACAGGAAGCGGUCGACCAGCUGCACCAGUACCUGCUGCUGGGCGAGGGCGCCUGGACGUUCGGCGACUGCUUCCUGGUGUUCGUCGGGCGUAUCUUCCGCGACCAGCAGUGCUUCUCGACGGACGUACGCGUCCACCUGCUCCGGGCGCUCGCCAAUGCCGCCCUCAAGGAGGACAUCAUACUGCUGCUGCACCAGGACCGCAAGGACCACGUGCUGAUGAACUUCGCCCAGGACAUCGAUCGCCAUCCACCGGAGGAGCAGCAGUCGAUCGCACUGUUCAUGUGCAACCUGUUCGAGAACAACAACGCGUCCGAGUGGCUGCUGUACAUCUCCGAGUGGAGCUACAACGGCCAGACGACGUCCAACAUCCGGGCGACGACGAAGGUGGCCGUCCACUGUCUGCUCGCCACCUGCCCCCGGUUGCAGGACAUCGGUACGGCGCUCGUGCACAACGUUGCCUGCAAGGAGGUGAAGACGGUCGUGUUCGACGACGUGGCGGUCGAGAUAUCGAUGGCGCUGCUCCAGUUCUUCAACAACGCACCCAACGAGGAGCACCUCUUCCGCACGAUGAAGGCACUGGCCAAGUUCGUUCAGGUCUCACCGGAUGUGCCCCAGUUUGUGCAGAUGAUCGGACCGCACCCGAAGAACUUCAAGGGCAAAAGCGAACGGGUCGACACACUGAUCGAGCAGAUCAGCAAAAAAGUACGCUAGCCCACUAGUGCGGAGGAGCUGGAGAAGGAGGGGGUCCU